CGAGAGGAGUGGUCGUCGCCGAAUCCAAAUCAGACUUCCCGAGCCGAACCACACAGCCAGAGGCGGCGACACCACCAGACCCGAGGCACGCGACGCGACGGCCGUCCUCUCCUCUGCUCCCCUCGCGACGCUUCCACCCUCCGCUGUCCUCUCCUCCCGCGACUCUGCCUCGCUACGCCGCUAGGGUUUGGUGGCCCCUCGCUUGGCUCCGAACCAGAGAGAAUGGCGGAGGUGGCGGAGGUCGGGAACAAGAUGCGAUCGCAGAUGCGUCUCCAUCCGGAGUCGGAGGACGACGCCGACCUCCCCCUCCCGGCCCUCUUCGACAAGGCGUCGCGGCUCCACUCCCUCGCCUCCAACUCCUCCCUCGACCAGGAAGGGAUCCGGAAUGGGGUUGAGCUGCUGCGGCGCUGCGACGAGAUGGUCAGCAAGCUCGGCCUCUUCUCCCUCAACGAGACCAAGGACGACGUCUCCACAGCCAACCUCAAAUACCUACUCGUUCCAUACUACCUCGGGGAAAUGACGGAGAAGAUAGCACAGGAGGAUCGGAUCCCAGUUAUUAAGGCAUCACAGGACCAUUUGAAGGAGUUUAUUGCUAUCUGUGAAGUAUUAGAGCUUAUUUCAGAGGAUGAGCUAGAAUUGUCUAGACAAAAGCAGCCUGAUACCAUGGCAAACCGAAGAGCACAAAAGGUUGCCCGAUACAAACGUCAAAAGGCUGCAGAAGCAAAGCUCCAAGAGAUCAAAGAGAGAAAAGAAAGGCGUGGGCGCUCAUUGAGAGCAGCUGCUUUAUCUGCUCCUAUUGAAGCUGGGGAAGAAGAUGCCUUGGAGGAUGGUGGAGAAGAAGAAAGAGAGGCAUGGUUAGCAACUAUCUCAUUGGCUCUCUGUAAGGCUUUUGAUCUUAUUGAAAUGCUAAAGAAGGAAGAAGAAAUGCUUCUAGCUGUAAAAGAAAGACAAAAAAAGGAUGGGAACGCAUUUGCUCGUGAAAUGCUUGAUGAGCGUACAAAAAAAGCUGAAGCUUGGCACCAUAAUGCUGCCAACCAUGCACCAUACUCCAAACCAGCUGAUCCAAUCACAUGCGCAACAUUUGCUCAAGAUGUCAUUGAAGGAAGAGCAAGCGUUUCACAAGCUCAUGAUCACAAACACCAACCCCUGAUAUUUGGGCCUGCAAGUCUUGUUGGUGGACGACUAACCAGUGAAAGGGAAAGGAUGGCUGCACAAGUUUUUCAACCUGGUUACAGGAUGCCAACAAUGAGCAUAGAAGAAGCUGGUUUACGUGAGAUGAAAAUGAUGGAGAAAUGGCAAGAAAAUACUGCUAAGAUGAUUAAAGAUGCGAACUCCGCAUGGUACAAGGAUGGCACUACCUCAGCCCAAGACAAUGAGGAUGCUGAGGAGGAGAAAGCAAGAGCAUGGGAUGACUGGAAGGAUGACAAUCCUCGUGGCGCAGGCAACAAGAAGCUCACACCCUGUGGUUAAACUGGGAAGCAUUUGAGCUGUAUUGAAAUCCCACUUGAAACCAGAUGUUCACGUAGAUUAUAGAAUGUGCGGUUUUACUACUUUUUCAGAUGUGUUUUUCUAUUGAUGUUCACUGUAUAAUAGCCUGGUUGUGCAAGUGCACGGUUUCAUAUUUCAUUGAAAUAGCUCUGUUAUCAAUACUAAAUCAUAAGACGUAACAUACUGCCGUUCUGGAUCAAGUGAUGGCCCGAAUGUUGCUA